AUGUCUGCCAGCGCGACUGAACAACCACAAGCAACGCCGCCGCCGGCAGCACCGUCAACAGAGGACGCUACUCCAGCGAAGCCUGAGUUACCACCUCUGACCCCGGCCGAGUUCAAAGUCUACAACCAAAUGGCAGAAAAGAUGAACUACUUUCACAACCACUUCCGCCACCAAUGGACCCUCCUCCACACAGCAGCCUCAACAGGCCGCCGCCCCCAAAACAUGUCCCUCAAGCAAUUCCUCGACACCGGCCUCCAAUUCACCCGCCACCUCACCGCCCACCACGGCAUCGAAGAAGCCCACGUCUUCCCCAUGCUUGCCCGCCGCAUGCCCGAGUUCCGCACCGGCGGCCGCGGCGGUGGUGCGGAGCUCCUCCGCCAGCACAAGCAGAUCCACGACGGCAUGGACAAGUUCGAGGCCUACCUGCGCGCCUGUCGCGACCGCGAGACGGAGCUCGAGCUCGGCGUCCUCAAGGAGAAGAUGGAUAGCUGGGGGGAGGUGCUCUGGACGCACCUCGAUCAAGAGGUGGAGACGUUGGGGGCGGAGAAUAUGAGAAAGUAUUGGACGAUGGAGGAGGUGAGGAGGAUGCCCAUGUGA